AUGAAGCGUGCUCUGUGGACUUCGGUUGCUUGUGUAUUACUCGUUUUUCUUUCAAUGGUAGGGGAGAUUAUUCUUUUCACAAUGGUUAAAAAUGAUCAAGACAACAGCAACACAAAGUUUGGUUCCGAAUUAAGUUCAAGUUCAUUUAGUUCAUCGAGUACAUCACCAAAACCAUCCUUUGCUUUAGCUUCUGGAUUUGCUUUGACCGUUUUAUCGCUUAUAUUCACAAUAGCAGCAAUUGUUAUAUACUGGAAAGCUAAUUCGAUGCCUCAAGAAGAUCAGAAUCAGAAACCGCACUAUGGUUUAACUGGUGUUACUGUGCAAAUGUCAAAUAAUCAGACCGUUAAUAAUACUGCUACACCUUAUCAACCACCACAAUUUUCAACACCUUAUCAACCACCGCAGUUUUCGAACCCUUAUCAAUAA